AUGGUUGGUUCAAUUGAUAAUGAUAUGUCAUCAACUGAUAUAACUAUUGGAGCUGUCACUUCAUUGCAUCGAAUUUGUGAAGCUGUUGACUGUAUUGCAUCUACAGCUUAUAGUCACUCGCGUGCUUUUAUAAUUGAAGUUAUGGGAAGAAAUUGUGGUUGGCUGGCAUUAAUGGCAGCAAUCAGCACUACCGCAGAUUUUGUUUUUAUUCCUGAAAAUCCACCAUUAUCAGAUAAUUGGGAAGAGGAAAUGUGUCAAACCAUUAAAAAUGGUGGUACACUUAUAAAAACUGCUCGUUGUAAAGAAUUUCAAGAACGUGAUGGCAGAUUAAAAGCAGCAUACAAUUUGAUUAAGAAUGAAAUAGAUUCAUUAAUUGUGUGUGGAGGUGAUGGUUCGUUGACUGGAGCAGAUAUUUUUAGAUCAGAAUGGCCUGGGUUGAUAGAAGAAUUGGUUAAAUUGGGGAGAGUUACAAAGGAAGAGGCAGCAUCUCAUAAUAAUCUAACAAUUGUAGGAAUGGUUGGUUCAAUUGAUAAUGAUAUGUCAUCAACUGAUCUGACCAUUGGAGCUGUUACCUCGUUACAUCGAAUUUGUGAAGCUGUUGACUGCAUUGCAUCUACAGCAUAUAGUCAUUCACGUGCUUUUAUCAUUGAAGUGAUGGGAAGGAAUUCUGAUUACAUCAAAGAUCUUUUAAAAAAUAAUAUGGGUCUUGAUACCAGAGUUACAACAUUGGGUCAUAUACAACGUGGUGGAAGACCAUGUGUCUUUGAUAGAAAUCUUGCAACUUUACAAGGUUAUGAAGCAGUAAAAGCAAUUCUUAAUGCAACGCCUGAUAGUGAAUCACCUAUGAUUGGAAUUAAAAAAAAUAAGAUUACAUGUGAACCUUUAAUGAAAGCAGUUAAAUUAACACACCAAAUUGCAAAGGCUGUUGAAAAAAAGGAUUUUAAACAAGCUAUGGAAUUACGUGAUUCAGAAUUUAUCGAUGCUUUUGAUGUAUACAAAGCAGUCAUAUUCACUGAUGGCUAUGCAUCUAAAUUAGAAGAAUCUAAGCGUCUUCGUAUUGGAAUAAUCCAUGUUGGUGCGCCAGCUAGUGGAAUGAAUGCAGCAACAGCCGCAGCUGUUCGAUAUGCACUUAAUCGAGGUCAUAUUCCUGUUGCAAUAUUUAAUAGUUUCAAGGGUCUUUUAGAAGACAACCUCCGAGAAUUUUCUUGGAUAGAUGUUGAUGGUUGGACUCCUAAAGGUGGCUCAGAACUUGGCACCAAUCGAAGUGAACCUGAUACAGAUAUUGGAAUGGUGGCAUUCCAAUUUCAAAAACACAGAAUUGAUGCUUUACUCUUGAUUGGAGGUUUUGAAGCUUACAGCUCGCUUAUCAAAUUGAAUAAUGCUCGGAAUAUUUAUCCAGCAUUUUGUAUUCCAAUGAUUUGUUUGCCUGCUACCAUAUCAAACAAUGUUCCUGGCACAGAUUAUUCCUUGGGCAGUGAUACGAGUUUAAAUACUAUAGUUGACUGUUGUGAUACAAUCAAACAAUCUGCCUCUGCUUCCAGAAGAAGAGUUUUUGUGGUUGAAUUACAUGGUGGUUAUUGUGGUUAUUUGACAGUUUUGGCCGGACUUGCGACUCUUCAAUCGGAUGUUGAUCAUUUGAAUAGAAGAUUUAGUGAAGAUAAAAAAGGUGCAGGUUCAGGACGUUUAAUUCUCAGAAAUGAAUGUGUGUCUACUACCUAUACAACAAAUGUAAUAGCUGAUAUUAUUCAAACUGAAGCUCAUGGACUAUUUGAUUCCAGAACAAGUAUUUUAGGUCACAUUCAGCAAGGUGCUACUCCAUCACCUUUAGAUCGUAUUCGAGCAAUUAAACUUGCAGUAAUGUGUGUUAAAUUCUUGGAGAAUCAUGCAUUUUCUUCAACUUCUACCGUUACUGCUACAUCAAAAAAGUUAUUAUCACCAUCAUCACAUUUACUGCCACCUCAAACUUCCAUUGCAAAACCAAGGGUUUACACCAAUGUUAAAGAAUCUGCUGCUGUGAUUGGAAUUGAUGGUGAACAUGUCGUUUAUCGGCCUGUUAUUGAUUUACUGCCAGAAACUGAUAUGGAUAGACGUAAAAGCACUAAAGCUUGGUGGAUUCAAAUAAAAGGCUUAGUAGACUUGUUAUCAAAAUGGGGUUAUUCUGACAAGAAAGAAGAAGUGGAUCAAUUGUUUCAUGAUGUUAAUGAUAUAUUUAUGCAAGAAUAA